CAACACGUUUUCGUCCAGUUUUUAAAGGGAUAGCAAAUUUUGCCACAGUUCAAAAUCCAACAGAAGGUCGUACAUAUGGUAAUCUUAAGGAUGAAGACCGUAUUUUUACAAACCUAUACUCGCGCCACGACUUUCGGCUAAAGGGUGCGCUAAAAAGAGGUGAUUGGUACAAAACUAAGGAAAUUCUCUUGAAAGGACAUGAAUGGAUUUUACAAGAGGUCAAAACGUCUGGUCUUAGAGGUCGCGGCACAUGUAAAGAUCGAGAGAUCAUGCGCGGAGAUCCUCAUAAACUAGUUGAAGGAUGUUUGGUUGCUGGUCGGGCGAUGAACGCCAGUGCUGGCGAAUUUUAUAAUGAAGCCUCGAAUUUACAGGAAGCGAUUAAUGAAGCUUAUGCAGCUGGACUUAUUGGAAAGAAUGCAUGCGGUUCUGGAUAUGAUUUCGAUAUAUAUAUUCAUCGUGGUGCUGGAGCUUAUAUUUGUGGUGAAGAAACAGCCUUGAUAGAGUCACUCGAGGGUAAACAAGGUAAACCAAGAUUAAAACCUCCGUUUCCAGCUGAUAUUGGUUUAUUUGGUUGUCCGACCACCGUGGCUAACGUUGAAACUGUGGCUGUUGCGCCUACUAUUUGUGGAUCAUGGUUUGCUAGAUUUGGUCGUGAAAAGAACAGCGGUACAAAGCUCUUUUGUAUUUCUGGUCACGUAAAUAAUCCCUGUACGGUUGAAGAGGAAAUGAGUAUUCCUUUGAAAGAACUAAUUGAACGUCAUUGUGGCGGAGUUCGCGGCGGGUGGGAUAAUCUUCUAGCCAUAAUACCCGGUGGUUCAUCCGUUCCAGUUAUUCCUAAACACAUAUGCGACGAUGUGUUAAUGGAUUUUGACGCACUUCGUGACGUUAAAUCUGGCCUGGGCACAGCUGCGGUAAUCGUGAUGGAUAAAUCUACCGAUAUUGUUCAAGCAAUUUCUCGUUUAUCUGAUUUUUAUAAACAUGAAAGGUACGAAAUGGCUUAUGGCUACGAUGUCGCGUUUUCAAAAGGGUUAUGCAGUUCCAAGGGAGAUUGA